CAGACACUUGACGGCCUGAACCCGGCGCCUUUUCUCCGCUAUUCCGAGGCAGCGCAGUACUGAUGGAAGCACCCUGGACCAGGAGUCGAGAGUUCUGCCUUAUAGGCCUGCCCCUUCCUCUCCCUUGUGGUUUGACAAGGAAUCCAGCAGACUGCCAAGUGCUCCACUUAGGGCAAUGGGCAUCUUCUUUGACAGUGGAACAUUGAGCAGGAGCUUUGCCAUUGGCAGGCCAAGCAGGAGGAGGCAGAAUGUCUUCAUUGUCACACCAUAGAGUUCAAACUUAAGAAGACUUUGGCUUAAACAGUAUCAUUUACUCUGCAAAUGAUUAUGUCUUCACCUGUCCUCUGUGAUCAUCACAAACUAAUGAAACACCUUUUAGGUCUUAAGAAUUUAGGUUACUCUGUUUUCCAGUUGCUCUGGCAGCUGAUACAGGGCCUGUGAAAAAUGGAACCAAACACUCUGAGGACUAAAGUUCCAGCUUUUUUAUCUGAUUUGGGGAAGGCCACAUUGAGGGGAAUCAGAAAGUGUCCUCGAUGUGGCACAUAUAAUGGAACCCGGGGACUGAGCUGUAAGAACAAGACAUGUGGAACCAUAUUCCGCUACGGUGCAAGGAAGCAGCCUAGUAUUGAAGCUGUCAAAAUUGUAACAGGCUCCGAUCUGCAGGUCUACUCAGUGCGGCAAAGAGACAGAGGACCUGAUUAUAGAUGCUUUGUGGAGCUAGGUGUAUCAGAGACGACAAUCCAGACGGUGGAUGGGACAAUCAUCACUCAGCUGAGCUCUGGACGGUGUUACGUCCCCUCAUGUCUAAAAGCUGCCACUCAAGGCGUUGUGGAAAACCAGUGCCAGCACAUCAAAUUGGCAGUGAACUGCCAGGCAGAGGCCACCCCUCUGACUCUGAAGAGCUCGGUUCUGAACGCAAUGCAGGCCUCCCCAGAAACCAAGCAAACCAUUUGGCAGUUGGCCACAGAACCCACAGGUCCACUUGUACAGAGAAUUACUAAAAACGUUUUGGUGGUGAAAUGCAAGGCAAGCCAGAAGCAUAGUUUGGGGUACUUGCAUACAUCCUUUGUGCAGAAAAUCAGUGCCAAAAGCUUGCCUGAGCGUCGUUUCUUCUGCUCCUGCCAGACUCUGAAAUCGCACAAGUCGAAUGCCUCCAAGGAUGAGGCAGCCCAGAGAUGCAUUCAUUUCUUUGCUUGCAUCUGUGCCUUUGCCAGUGAUGAGGCAUUGGCUCAGGAAUUCUCAGACUUCCUAAAUUUUGAUUCCAGCGGUCUUAAAGAGAUUAUUGUGCCCCAGUUAGGUUGCCAUUCAGAAUCAACAAUAUCUGCUUGUGAGUCUACUGCCUCUAAGCCAAAGAAGAGGAAAAAGGAGGAAGUAUCUGGUGCGCAGACGAACAGUUCACUGUUGCCUCAAGACUCAAUAAGCAGUAAUCUAAGGAAAGGUGGGCUGAAAAAGCCUGUGGUUGCUUCUGCAUUAAAAAGGCAGGCCUGUAGUCAGCUGUUAGAUGAGGCACAAGUGACCUUAUCCUUCCAAGACUGGCUGGCAAGUGUUACAGAGCGCAUCCAUCAAACCAUGCACUAUCAGUUUGAUGGCAAACCAGAGCCACUGGUGUUCCAUAUUCCUCAGUCCUUUUUUGAUGCCCUGCAACAGAGAAUCUCUGCAGGAAGUGCAAAAAAAAGGCUUCCCAACUCCACCACAGCUUUUGUUCGGAAAGAUGCCUUGCCACUGGGAACCUUUUCCAAGUAUACCUGGCAUAUCACUAAUAUCCUGCAAGUUAAGCAAAUCUUAGACACCCCAGAGAUGCCCUUGGAAAUCACCCGGAGUUUUAUCCAGAACCGGGAUGGGACUUACGAGCUGUUUAAAUGCCCUAAAGUGGAAGUAGAAAGCAUAGCAGAAACCUAUGGUCGUAUAGAAAAGCAACCAGUGCUGCGACCAUUGGAACUAAAAACUUUUCUCAAAGUUGGCAACACUUCCCCAGAUCAAAAGGAGCCAACACCUUUCAUCAUUGAAUGGAUCCCAGAUAUCCUUCCCCAAUCCAAGAUUGGUGAGCUACGAAUCAAGUUUGAGUAUGGUCACCACCGGAAUGGGCAUGUGGCAGAGUACCAAGACCAGCGGCCCCCUCUGGACCAGCCCUUGGAACUGGCCCCGCUGACCACCAUCACUUUCCCUUGAGGCAAAAUAAGAGUCUUCUGCUGCUAAAUUUGCACAUCCCCACCCCUUGACAACUUUAAAUCCUACUUAGGCACUCAGAUAGCCCUGUUCCUUAGUGAACUGCUCUUAGCUAAAAUGCAAUUUCUCAACACUUCAAGUGGAUUCUGAAGAACUUUUCUUGUAAAUAGCCUUUUUGGUGCUGCUGUGUAUAGUCAUUAUAAAUUGGAUGGCAUUCUAGCUAGUUCUUGAACAAAAGGAAUUUCCUUCCUAAAGACUCACCUUUAGAGUUUGUUCUGCUUUUUUCUAAUUCUCUUAAGAAGUUAACAGCACUCAGCCUUAUACCAACCGUGUUGGAAAGUUAGUAAUACCUUGGUUAGGGCACAGCGAUAAGGACCAUCCUGACAGUUCCAGUCAUGCCCUUUAAUUAUGUUCUCAAAUAAAACCCAGUGUCACUAGUUUUUCCAAAUUAUGUAUCAUGUUGGCCUGAGUCUAAAAUUAUAAACCUUUUGGGAGAUUUAGAUGAUAGUGAAAAGGAAAAAGAAAUCCAGGUGUCAAAGGAAUAUUAACAUUUAAAAUUAAUACUUGUUCCCUUCAUAUUCCUUCUUUAUUCUCCAGAAAGUUUGACAGCUGGUAAGAUACAAUUUCUAUUUGUGAGUUCACUGAUCACAGAAUGGAGAUACUGAAAGACACAGAUUUAGAAAUCUAUCUUCAAGGAGAAAAAAAGAGAAUGAAUAUUUCCUAUAUACCUACUUUGUGCCAGGCACUUUUAUUUAUAUUCUCAUUCAUUCGUCUCCAUCAUUUAGUCCUCAUUAUUCUUUGGGUUUAGGCAUUACUCCUUUUAUAGUUAAAGAAACAGCCUCUCUGAGGUUAAGUAUCUUGCUGGAAACAGCAUUAAAAAUAUUGUUUCAUUUUACCGCAAA